AUGAAAAAAAGAUGCUUUUUUUGGGGGGGAGGGGGUGGGGCUCCCCGUUUCUUCUUCUCGCUCAUUCCUUACACUUUUGGGGGUUUAUCAUUUUCUUGGCAAAGUGGGAUUGCUGAAAGCUUCGAAGUCAAGGGCCUAAACUGUGGUGUGUUGGCCAGAGUGUUGGAAGUUCUGAUAAGUCAAGAAGCUUCCCAUGUUGAAAGGGAAGUUUUGGUGAUAAUUCCCCUACGGGCAUCUCAGCUGGAAAUCCAUGAAUUUGCUGUUCAUAGGUAUUUUCCUGGACUUGUCAUGGAGUGGAAUGCAAAAUCUCUCGGACAAUGGGACUGGGAGCACUUAUUCUUCUUCAAUACAAAAGCAACGGAAAAUCCCAGGUUACCGACAACUGAUUGUAGCAACGAAACAGAUCGAGAAAUCAAUGUUGGGUUGUUGUAUCCGUCAGGUGGUAGUGCUUGUUCUGGCUCUGAACUAGUACACGCUUCUUCAUCAAGGAGCUCAAAAUCAGCAUCCAACAACUCAUCAUCAAUUGGGGAUAGCAAGGCAUCGGUAUUGACUCUGGAAGGAUCACAGGAUGAUUCCACUGGGAAGAAAGAAUUGUGCAACGGAGAGCCAGUUGACACUUCUCCAGCAGCAGUACCUUCUCCAGUCUCUGGUGAACCCCUACUUUCUCUGAAGCUUGGGAAAAGAUUUUACUUUGAGGAUGUAUGCACAGGAAGUGAUUCAAAGAAACAAUCUUCCUUUGAGGUUCCCGUUUCAUCAGCAAAGAAAUAUAAAACCAGUAGUCAGAAUUUGCAGCAUCCAAGCUGCCAGGUGGAAGGCUGUGGCCUUGACCUCUCAUCCGCUAAAGAUUAUCAUCGCAAACACAGAGUCUGUGAAGCUCAUUCCAAAUCCCCGAAGGUGGUUAUAGCUGGUUUGGAACGGCGUUUUUGCCAGCAAUGUAGCAGGUUCCAUGCUCUGUCAGAGUUUGAUGACAAAAAAAGAAGCUGCAGACGACGUCUUUCAGAUCACAAUGCAAGGCGUCGCAAACCGCAGCCUGACUCAAUCCAAUUAAAUCCAUCAGCUUUGUCUUCAUCACCCUAUGAUGGGAGACAAAUAAUGAGCCCAUUUGCAUUUUCAAGGACUGCUACAAAUUUGGCGUGGCAGGAUAUGCACAGCAACAAGCUCCCCCAGACAAAAGAUUUUCUUCCGAAGCCUGCAAAAGCCUUCAAUAAGAUACCAAGUAUUGUCUCUAUGCUUUCUGAUGAUUCCAGUGGCCUUCUAACAUCCAGAAGCAUAGCAGCGAAGACUAUUGUUCCAGGUUUAGAAGAUCCCAAUUCCAUUAGUUCGUGUGAUCCAGAUGGUGCACAAGAUGUUAACCGUGCUCUCUCUCUUCUGUCAAGCAAUUCAUGGGGUCCAUAUGAGACUAAAUCCCUUUCCCUGGAACACUCCACACGAACAAGUGGCAUCACUCAGUCCAUAACACACGCAAUGACUCACCACCACCUGCAGCAGCAUCAGCAGCAGCGCUUACCACUUGCUUCCGCUUCAGAUUAUUGGCACACCGAUCAUCAACAACAACCAUCCCCAUCCACCGUGAGCAUGUGUAUCUCAUUCUCAGAUUGUGAUAGCAACAAUCGCUUUCAAGAUUUUCAGCUGUUGAGCGCACCCUAUGACUCGGGUUUCCCGUGCAACCAGUUGGAUUAA